GGGAGUUCCUGCUAGAACUGGUUCAAGCCGGUGUAUAUCGUCUAGCCACUAGACUACAUUUCUCACUUUAUGGUGAAUAUGAACAUUGCGGUGCAUCUGGUAUGGGAGAUUCCAUGAAGAAUUUACGUGAAACCUCUCCCUUUGUAUCUCUUGGAUUGGGGCUUCUGGAAGACGACGAUAGUCCCCGAUAAAGACAUCUACCAAUAUGCGAUGGGAUUCCUAAAGGCCUAUACCGCUUUCAUCCAAUACGAAAGCGACUACCAUACCGCAAGACACAAAAAUCUCAUACCAGAUAGCUUGACUGACAUGGGCAUCCUGGACCAAACUUGUCGCUCGAGUACUCAAGAAAGAUCGCUCCCACCAACAAACGCUAUAAGUACGGAGAACUCAGAUUAUCCCAACUUAGUAAGAUACACUGGCUGUGUAGUCACAUCAGGGGCUAUCGCUUCCCCUACCAGAGCUAUGGGGAGUUACUCACUGCGAACCUCACACCCAUCGCCGCAGCUGUUGUGCAUAUUGCUUUGGUCCUCACUGCCAUGCAACUGAGGCUAGCAGUCGAGCCUCUGGCGAGUAAUCAAGCCUUCCAAAAGGCCUCGUAUUGAUUCGUUGUGGCCGUAAUUGUGGGACCCAUUCCU